UAUUUUCUGUUCUCUACAGUGGAUGAAGUCUGAGGAAGGUGGCAACAGCAGCGGCACUCCAAUCCGGAUCGAGGACCCCAAUCAGUUUGUCCCUAUGAACACCAACCCUAGCGAGGUGCUGGAGAGGAGAAACCGAAUCAGAGAGCAGAACAGAUUCGACAUGAUGACGUCCGGACCUCGCUCUCACCACCUGGCAGGCAUCCCAUUGGACGAACCUCGAAUGGAUCAGCCGGUCCGUGUGAAGCCCUAUGUGGCAUCAGAGGAUGACCAGAUGGUUCCUCUACCUCCUAACCCCUUCAGUCAGCUGUCUGAGAAAGCGAUGGACGAAAACACGAUGAACGUAGAGAAGAGACAGCUGGGGCUGAGUGAUGACGAGCACGACCUAACCUCCAACGACGCUUCCACUCUCUCUCAGUCUCUGUCCCAAACUCAGUCCCCGCAAAUAACUCCAGCUAAAGAAGAGAACCACACGAUGCAGAACGGCAAGGAUGGCGGCGACCAUGAGGUGAACGACGAGCUGAGCAAAAGGGUCAGUCAGCUGACCACCAGCGUGGAGAGCAUUGAGGUCAAGGUCCGCACCGGUGAGAAGAUCGAAGACUCCGCCCUCUCCCCCGAGAGCUCGCCCUCAAAGUCCCCCAACAAGAAGAAGAAGAAGUUCCGCACUCCCUCCUUCCUCAAGAAGAACAAAAAAAAAGAGAAAAUGGAGGCCUAGAGAAAGAGAGAUGGAGGGAGUGAUAUUAAAGCCUAUAUACAGUUUAAGAAGAAAGAGGGGACCCCUCUUAUUUUUAUUUUUUUGUCUGUUUUCAUUUUAGUUUUGUUUUUGUCAGUGUCCUCUUUUGUCAUUUUUUUUUUUAAAGAUUUUAUUUUGAUUGUAUUUUUUAACAAAUUGUUCUUUUAAGUUAAAUUUUUUUAGACUUGCGCGAAAAGUGAUGAAUUGAGUUGAGGAUUCUCUUCCUCUGCCUAGAAGUGAAGGCUCAUUGAUUUGGGAAGGCGAGGACUAAAAUGAUAAAGCUGCAACGACUGACUCCUCCCCCAUGUUCAAUAUUUACUGCCAUUGGCUGAUUAUGUUAUUUCUUCUCUGCCAUUGGCUAAUUGUUGAUUAUGGAAUUAGAAUCAGCCAAUUGUAUUCCUUGCUUCAUAAUCUCCAGCCGACACUGGCGGGUCUAGAUAUGCAUCAGUGGUAUUAUUAAACUGCACAAUAUGGCGACUAGCUAGCGUACGGAAACGCUUUCCGCCCUUAUGGUAACCAUAACAACCACCAUGUUCUUUUCGCUUAGAUUUUCUCCUCAUAUGAGGUCUGCUUCUUCAAUACAUAGAGGACUGAAAUCAGAGAGGCCACAAAGAAAUAGUCAGACUGGAAAACUGGUUUUGAGAUUUUGGUUUUAAAUUUACAGGUUUUCUUUCUUUCACUCUUGCUUCUUGUUUUCGCUUUCUCUCUCUGCCUCUCGCUUCGUUUUUCACUUUCAUCCUUCUUUUUAUUGCUCCUCUUCCUCUCUCACCUUCUGUUAAAAGUGAAUCUAUCUUUACAUUACCGAGCUCUCUUCUAGUCGACCUCCGACCUUCAUCUGUUGUUCACCACUGAUUCACUAUAAACUCACCAUUUGUUUUAUUGUCCUUUCCUCUUAAUAAUUUCAUUUUUAUUUUGCCAAACUAAAAGGAAUAAAAAAACAAUCACGUUUUAGUGAAGAAUCAUCAUUUAUAUACUUUUUAAUCUCAUUUCGAUCAUAAAAACAUGUCAUCUCAUUGAAUAAUAUUACAUUGUAGUUUUUUUAUUGAACACAGUUUGGUAGUAGUCAUCUCACUCAGUUUUGUGCUCAUUUCUAUACUUUUACAGAGAAAUACAAGAUGUUACGCAUGUUUUUGCAAGAAUCUACAUUUAUAUGGCUGACUACGUUGCUCUAGUGUUGCCUGCAGGUUUCUCUCAAAUUAUAUUCUUGUUCAGAUUACAAAAAGUACUCUAUAACUGAGAUAUAUGGAAACUGGAUAUGUUGGGUAUAGAUUUUUAACUAUAUAUUUAGUAUUUUAUUGUGCUGCACUUUUACUGUGGACGGACUAUAACACAAUGUAGUUGCAGGUGGUUUCUACUAUGAAGGAGAUUCUAGAAGCAGAAGAACCAAUAGGAUCUGUAGAAGCAAGAAAGUAGAUGGCAGGAGCAGAGUACGGAAGAUACACUUUAGGUUGUGGAAAGUGAGUUGUUUCCGAAGAAAAAGAUCUAGAUUUGUGUCACGCUUGAAAAAAAUAUUAUUUCUCAGUUAAAAAACAACGAAAUAAAUAAAACAGGCCCCAAAAUACAAAAAGUAUCUUCCGUUAUAAAAUGUCAGAAAUCAUGGGCCUUGAACGUGGAACUGGCGCCGUUGUUGCUAUGGUGUGUAUUUUGUGUGUGACCUUUUUUUUAAGCCUUAUACUAUAUUUUUCUCCUAUAUUUUAAAUCAUGAGACAAGGGUUGAGAAUCUUAUUCUGCCCGCACCCGGGUGUCAAAUUUAGCAGGAGUGUUCCCCGGAUUGUCAUUAGGCCUGCCUCUUAUAAGUCACCCCUAUGUCAUGCCUAUGACUGCUCAUAAGACCACUUUGACAGCUCAUAGUUGUCUCUAGACGUUGUUUGCGUAGCCUCUCUAGCCUUUCUCUUUAGUUUCUCUUUUUAUUUGCAUCUCAACAGCUCCUUUCACGACGUUGUCGGUUGUGGAAACUGGAACUCGUGUUAUUUCUCUAGAAGAUAUAAGUCAUGGACGAGUGAUGACUAAGGGGCAUAUAGACACAGAGGAACACAGUUAAUAUAGAGAUGUACCAAUAUCCCAGCUAGCAAUGUGAACUAUUGGAUUUGGAACAUUGAGAGAGGGAUGAAAGGAGGGAAGGAGAGUGGGAUGGGGCGAGAGGGGGAUGAAAGGAGGGAAGGAGAGUAGGAUGGGGCGAGAGAAGGAGAGAGGGAUGAAAGGAGGGAAGGAGAGUGGGAUGGGGUGAGAGAAGGAGAGAGGGAUGAAAGGAGGGAAGGAGAGUGGGAUGGGGUGAGAGAAGGAGAGGGGGAUGAAAGGAGGGAAGGAGAGUGGGAUGGGGCAAGAGAAGGAGAGAGGGAUGAAAGGAGGGAAGGAGAGUGGGAUGGGGUGAGAGAAGGAGAGGGAGAGAAGGAGAGAGGGAUGAAAGGAGGGAAGGAGAGUGGGAUGGGGCGAGAGGAGAGAGGGAUGGGGUGAGAGAGGGAGGGAAGGAAGGAGAGAGGGAUGAAAGGAGGGAAGGAGAGUGGGAUGGGGCGAGAGAAGGAGAGAGGGAUGAAAUGAGGGAAGGAGAGAGGCACAUCUUUAGCUGUGUAAAUAGCCCUAUCAUCUGUCUCACAGCAGAGUUGAGCUUUUUGGUCUCACAGUUACAUGAACAGCUGGAAAAAGGGGUUGAGGUGUGUGAGUUUUAGAAAAUGUAAAAGUGUAUGUCAGGUGGGGUUUUAGGGAGAACUAUGACAUCAACACACAUUUUUAGAAUUACUCACAAUUGUACCCAUUUUUUCAUACCAUUUCUCCUUUUUGACACAGUUCUUAUUUUUCAUCUUUCCAUUUGUAUCAGACAGGUUUUCAGUUCAGUCUUUUUCGUUUCCCAAGUACUAGGUUUCUCCUUCCUUAUUCACCAUUUACAGUACGAGCGUUUACACGCCGCUCUCAGAUGGAUUGAAUUUGCAUUUGUUUACUUUUCUCUCCCAUCUACCGACCGUUUGCACCUUUUGUUUUACUAACUAAUGCCUCUGUCCACCAUUUUGUUUCUGUUGAUAAAAAAAGAAAGGAUCGCUUUAGCAUGCAAGUAAUGAGCCAAGCCCGACCUGUGACCUGUGAACAAAGAUCCUAUUAGAGAUGGUUCUUCUAUAAUGGAGUUGCUUUCAGAUGUGUUGCUAACCAGUGUGAAUUCUCAAAAUAAAACUGUAUUUUAAGAAAA